AUGGUGGUGUUUGUAAUCGACUUUUCGCAAGCGGCCAAGAAUGCAUUGAAUCCAUUGAGCCAACCGGUGCGAGACUAUCUGUGGCAGCAACUGGAAACGGCACGCCAUUCUCCUCACGUCACCAGUGUCAUUGUCACGGGAGGAACCAAGAAUUUUUCCGCCGGUGCCGAUAUUAGUGAAUUUGGUGGCAUUUCUUCGGCUGCUACCGACACUAGCAGUGUCAGUCUGAUUGACAUUGUGGAAUGCAUCGAAAACUUUCCCAAACCCAUCGUAGCGGCCAUUGCGGGAAAUGCCUUGGGAGGAGGACUGGAAGUGGCACUCGCCUGUCAUUAUCGAGUGUGUACUACCAAGGCCAGAAUGGGAUUGCCAGAAGUGACCGUGGGAGUGAUUCCGGGCGCCGGUGGUACACAACGUCUGCCUCGAUUGAUUGGAUUGCAAGAAGCGACGCAACGAAUUCUCACGGCCAAACCCAUGAAAGGCCCACAGGCACUGCAAUUGGGACUGGUCGAUGCCAUGGUUCCUCAGGAGGAACAACUCUUAUCCACAGCUUUGAAAUGGGCCGAAUGGGCGGAACUCAUGCCACUCGACUAUCGACGCGUUGGUCGCCGAACUGUCCCAGAUGCCGCCAUGGUCGACCAGAUUGCACAAUUUGCCCAACAACAAUUGCCACCGGCCAAUCGCGGUGGAUUUGUCCACCGGUGUGCCCUAAAAGCCGUCCUGGCAUCGGCCACCCAACCGUUGGAUGUGGGACGCCGCAUCGAAUUCGAACAAUUUACCGCGGCGCUACAAUCCAUGCAAGGGCAGGCGUAUCGACAUGCCUUUUUUGCCAUUCGCAAGGCGCAAAAACCCGUGGCCGCGCUGCAACAACAACACCCGCUCUUGUCCAGUACUGGCAGUAGCAAAGUGGCCGUCGUGGGAGCCGGGACCAUGGGCAGUGGCAUUGCCAUGGUAUUGCUCCAAGCGGGAUGUCAUGUGACACUCGUCGAUGUGGUCCAACCGGCAUUGGAAAAGGGUGUCAAGAAUAUUCAUAAAAUUGUGCAUGGAUACGUGGCCAAGAAAAAAAUGACACAACCUGCAGCCCAACAAUUGCUUUCGCGACUUGCGUCCACGCAAAAGUUGCAAGAUUUGACACAUGUGCAGUUGGUCGUCGAGGCCGUGGUGGAACGAAUGAAAGUCAAAAAAUCCAUUUUUACCACACUCGACCAGGUCACUCCACCCUCUUGUAUUCUACUCAGCAAUACAUCCACCUUGGAUAUUGAUGAAAUGGCAUCGGUUCUAUCUCCACAGCGCCAAACAUCCUUUGCCGGGUGGCACUUUUUCAGUCCGGCUCAUGUCAUGAAAUUGGUCGAAAUUGUCCGUGGAGAAAAAACGUCGACGGCCACUGUGGCG